ACCUUCUCGAUCCUUACAAACUGGAUAGCUCAAUACCUUCGCGAGAAAUGGAACAUAAGAAUUGUCGUUUACUUGGACGACUAUUUAAUUGUCCAUCAAAAUGCGGACACGUUACACGAACAUGUUCAAAAGACAAUUCAAACCCUACAAUAUCUAGGCUGGACAGUCAAUCUAGGAAAAUCUGUGCUUGUGCCACAGAAAAGCAUUACUUACCUGGGAAUACUGUGGAAAACCUGGAGCAGUCAGAAGUCUCUACCAGAAGAAAAGUCCAAUUCGAUCAUAGAAAAGGUAAAGAAGUUUAUUGUGGAAGGGAGGGCAACCUUAAAGGAUACACAGAGGCUAGUAGGACUUCUGAAUUUUGCGAGUUUUGUUGUUCCACGAGGGCGUCUCAACCAUCGUCAGCUACUGAUGUUUCUAAACUCGCUGCCAGAUCCGUCAAUAAAAGCUUAUCCAUUACCUCCAGAGGUUUACAACGAGCUCAAAUGGUGGGCUCAAAAUUGCCAUCUGUCAACACCGCUGCAUUAUCCCCCACCAAAGUACUUCCUCGCAACAGAUGCCUCAGACCAGGCCUGGGGAGCACAACUGAACAGCAUAGCCCUUUCCGGAGCCUGGAAAAUAGACGAACAAGGGUUACACAGCAACCAAAAAGAGAUGCUGGCUAUAUUGCACGCUCUUCAGAAUCACGCUCAUCGCAUGAGACGCAGUUCGCUACUAAUACAGUGCGACAACAGGACAGCGGUCGCUCACCUACGAAAAGAAGGAGUCAGAGGAGCUGCCAAACCUGCUUCACGUACGGUGAUAGCUGGCUGGAUAAAAACCCUAUUCAAUGAGUCUGGUAUCGCCGACACUCCUGGAAGUGUUCGGUCAGCUGUGGCUUCGAAAAGCUGGCUUGACAAUCAUCCCCUCGACGAAAUCUUAGCACGCGGAAAUUGGCGAUCGGCGGAAACAUUUCAGCGUUUUUAUAGACGAGAAGUGAUAUCAUCUAAUAAUUCCGAAAAUGUUACACAGUUCUUUAAUCCGGUUGAUUAAGAUAAUAAUGUUAAUGAAUCUAUAUAUUUUAAAUUCAU